UUCAGAAAGCUAACCAUGCUCCCUAUUAUGAUAACUAUCUGUUCACUAUGGAUGAUUCCCACAGUCUGCGCUGAUGCUGAUUAUGUUGGACAAUACAUAGACAUUUCUAUGGCUAUGACAAUAGCUAUGAAAGAUACAGGAGCUUCAGAAGAGGAGCUGCAUCAGCUAGCAAAACAAGUCGUUCUCUAUGGUUAUGAUUCUGGGAAAGUACAACAGCUUUACGACGAUUAUCUGGAAAACAAAACUGAGGAGAUCAAGGACGCUUUUAUCAAGAAUUACCUGCACGACAAGAGGAUAGAAUAUGUAAAGGAGCGAGUCGGCAAAGUUCUAGGGUAUUACCUUACAAAGGAGCAGAUAAGAAAAGUACGCUUGGUUUUGGAACAAGAAGCUGGGAAAGGAUCCUCUCAAGAAGAAGUCAUAGCUGCAGUAAAAAAGGAAGUUGCCAAGGAGGUUGGUGAAAGAAAAGCGGAGAAAGCUGUAGAGAAUACCAUCAAAGAUUUGAGAAUACUGGUCAAUCUAAAAUUGGGAAUAUUUGUAAGACAUGAGGAGGACAUUCAGCCUUUAAUUGAGAGCGAAAAAGAAAAGAAGGAAGAGCUUGCCCCGGAGAAAAAGGAAGAGGAGAUGCCGUUCCUCAAGUAUGCAGAAGCACCCACACAAGAAGAGUUGAAGGCUGAGGGAGAAAGCCCAGAGCUACCUCUAGCUGGCACUGCGCCACCAAGCGAAGCGGAAGAUGCAUUAGGUGUUGGAACAGAGAAAAAGAAGAAGAAGAGAAAAGCAAAGGAACAGUCAGCGGUUAAGCCGGAUAAGACCCUUCAAUCGGCAAGAAUGUCUAUUCGUCUUCCUAGAGCUCCUAAAGGUCAUCAUGAAGAAGAGUUGGAACAGAUGGAGAAAUUCCUAGCGGAAGACGAUAUCAGUGCCAUAGAAAAAUGAAGCUUUUGGGAAGCACUUUGUUUGUGCAUAUCUUUGUAUGUAUGGG